GAUUUAACACAACUUUCCCUCAUAAAUCUGGUUCUAAAGCAUGUAGCCUGGACGCGAAUGCAUGCAUGCCCAAGAACUACUACUGCUAAAUGUCCACCAUGGGUGUAACAGUAUUUCUAAAGAAUUCGUUUGAUGUGCUUCUAUGAAGAGCAGCACCUUUGUUUAUGAACGUAAUCUGAAUUACACUGGUAUUUUGAUGAAUGAGGACUUGGAACAUGGGUACAUCGUUACGGUUGAGAUAUAAUUAUUGAUUCAGCCCCCUCUCCUUGUCGAGAGACAUGACAUGAUACUUGAUCAAUUGUUUUGUUUUACCCCCUACCCUUGUUUUAUUUCUUCAUCAGGUUGUUUUGCUGAUGGAGUUCCAAACUUUUGAGGACAAGUCCAGUGCCAUUAAUCAGAACACUGGUGUCAGUGAAAGGCUUGCUGAGAUGAUCAGGGUGUGGCUCCCUGGGAAGAAAAUGGCAGUCGGAAAUCCUGAAUAUAAGGAAAUCAUUGAAGAGAGAUUGGAAAUAGAAUGCCUGUAUAAUGAACGGGUGAUGGAGGUAAUGUGGGGCAUACAGAAUUGCAUGCCAGGUUUGAUACCUAUAGAAAAAUCACAGCUGGCUAAAGAGGACCGCCUCCCGAGUAAGGGAUUGCAAGAAUUCUUGAAGCGUUAUGGCUGCAAUGUCAAACCAGAGAUGGUCAAUGAACAAAUUGUCGCGACGGCUUCCGCAUUGUCUGCGUGUGAUUAUGUUGAGAAGAAAUAUUCUCUAGUCUUGCGCGAAGCAGGUGCUGUCAUUAAGGAUGUGUCUGGCAUCAGCUGUGAGGGUUGGAGCUUACUGGACAUUGCAACAGCUCUGAAGAUGAUAUGGAAGCCUAAAAAAGUUGGCAAUUCUUCUCUGGUUUCAAAAGAUGAGGCACUAAGAUUGGUGAACGAUGCAUCUAAAUAUGAAGCUCUGGUGAAUAAGUAUCCUUUUUUUCGAGCCUACAAAGAAAUGUUGAAAGCUCAUGAUGAUAGGAUCUCGAAAGAAGAACUACUGAAAUCAUUGGUUGAGGGCCUGAAGAAACCAUAAGGCUCACAGCUAGCUGAAACUGCUGGUCCUUGGUCUGAAGGGAGUUUUUGGCAUGUUGGUUCACCGGGUAUUAUUGAACAUAAGCUGAUCUUGGUUGACUUUAUUGCAGUCUCAGUCUGAGAUGGUCCGUACGAAAAAGUGUAGUGCUAAUUAAAUUUGAGCAACCCUGCUUAAUUGUCUACCAAGUAUUUUGCUAUCUUAAUUUGAACUUAUUGUUUUUAUCUGGUCAUAUGGAAUGUCAGAUCGGUUACGCCUAA